AUGGAGGUCAUUAAAAGAAUGGCUUCUGGAAAUGACUCUUUCAUGACUGAAUUCAUUCUGUUGGGAUUAACAGACCAACCAGAUCUCCAACUCCCACUGUUCUUUCUCUUUCUAAUGAUGUAUGUGGUCACUGUGUUGGGAAAUUCGGGAUUGAUAAUUCUCAUCAUGAAAAAUUCAUACCUCCACACCCCCAUGUACUUUUUCCUCUUUAACCUGUCCUCCAUAGAUCUCUGCUAUUCUUCAGUAUUUACACCAAAAAUGCUGGCAGGUUUCUUAUCAAAGGGGAAUAUUAUCUCUUACAUGGGGUGCAUGACUCAGUUUUACUUUUUCUGUUUUUUCAUCAUCUCUGAAUGCUAUGUGUUGACAUCCAUGGCCUAUGAUCACUAUGUGGCCAUCUGUAACCCCCUAUUGUAUAACAUUGCCAUGUCCCCUAAAGUGUGUUCCAGCCUUAUGCUUGCUUGCUACUUGAUGGCACUUUCUGGUGCCAUGGCUCACACUGGAUGCAUGCUGAGACUGACCUUCUGUGAUGCAAACACCAUCAACCAUUACUUCUGUGACUUCCUCCCUCUGCUCCAUCUCUCCUGCAUAAGUACCUACAUCAAUGAGAUGGUAAAUUUCAUUGUGGCAGGCAUCAAUAUCAUUGUUCCCAAUCUAAUCAUCUUUAUCUCUUAUGGUCUCAUCCUGUCCAAUAUCCUUCACAUCAGUUCCAGAGAGGGCAGGUCCAAAGCCUUCAGUACGUGCAGUUCCCAUGUAAUUGCAGUGUCUCUCUUCUUUGGAUCAUGUACAUUCAUGUAUCUGAAGCCAUCUUCUGCUGGGUCUCUGGAUGACAGAAAAAUCUCUUCUCUCUUUUACACCAUUGUGGCUGCCAUGAUGAACCCCUUAAUCUACAGCUUGAGAAAUAAAGAUGUUAAAAUUGCUCUGAGAAAAACUCUGAGUAGGAGACAGUUUUGA